GUCAUUCAAGUCUGGAUUAGGAAAUCAUAAGAGAUUUCUUUCUCGUGUCGUAAUGUGGCCUUGAGGGUUUGCCAAGUACGAGUACCAUAAAUAGGAGAGUUAUGUGCAGCAAUUGUGGGAAUCUCAGUUUUCACGAAGAUGACCAGAAGCAAGUCAAGAACUUCCUUUCCACCUGCUGCUCUACCGUGCCCUUGGCUAAUGUUUUGUCACGGAAAGCGCUCAAAAACACAAACCUUCUACAGUGCAUCUGAAGCUAGUUUUUGUGUCAAGAGAAUACCAGCUAUAUCAGGCAAACGAAUACGUGCGAGCUUUCAUGAAUGGAUGGUGAUGGUAGACGAUUUCUCCUCUGAUUGCUUCCUUUUGAAUAUAAUUUCGCUGAAAAAGAUCGAUUUGCCUCCAUGGGAAAGAGUGCGAUAUCAAUUCUGGAUACUUUCUGCACCUCCCACAGAUGACAACUGCGUUGUUGGAUUCGUUGGUGAAGAUAGUCAUUCCAUAACGUUUUGCCGCCCGGGUGAUGGUAAAUGGGUUGUGCAUAUGUUUGAACCAGAGAUUGGAACUCUCAAAGGUUAUACUAUAUGCAAGGGGGAAAUUUAUUGCCAUGGCCUACAAAAUGACUGGGACAAUCUUGUGAUACUAGACAUUGUGGAUGACAGGGUUGAAGUGAGACAUGUCUUAAGAGGAAGUCCAAAAUCACCAUUAGUACCAGAGAUAUUGAGGAACGAAUCAUACUUUAUUGAAUCUUGUGAAGAGAUCUUCCUUGUUCAUAUGUCUAUGCUUGGAGCAUCAACGAAGAAAAUUCGAGACAUAUAUAUUUUCAAACUGGACUUGUCCGCUUUAGAAUGGGUGAAGGUGGAGAGCCUAGGGGAUCGCACGUUCUUCAUCAACGAAGCUAACAACUGCAUGUCGUGCUCUGCUACAAAAUCAGGUACUUUGGGAAACUCAAUAUACUUCAUGCAGGACGACGAUGAAAGUACGUACGUAUUUGAUGUUGAGGAGAAGUGCAUCUGUGCCCACAAUCCUUGUCCGUAUCUUGGUCAUAACGUUGCACAAAAACAGUGGGUGAUGCCCAUAAGGACGUAGUAGGAUCAUUAGUAGAGCAUUAUCGGAAUUGAUUGUUGCCAUUCUGUCGAAGUUAGAUUUAGGAUCGUUUAAGUUGAUUAUGAUUGGGAGUGCACCUUGUUUAUUAUUCUUGAUAGAACUCGUUGAUUGAUGAAUGUAGGCUUUUUUUUGUCUUCUUGACGAUAAAUGCAUAUUUGCUUUUGCUGCUGCA